UUCAAGGAUGCGAGCAAACACAACAUAUCAAGAAACGAAGUUCGGUUUCCCGGCGAGGAUUGCUGCUUUAUGACUCUUUAUAAGCCUCCAGAAAUUCUUAACGCAGAUGAAUAAAAUGCUUUGCUGAAAUGCCAAGUUUUUUGUGUGAACUUAAAAAAACUGAAACGUGCAUCAAAUGUUACAGUACUGUAAUGGGAAGAACAUCGAAGUGACUGAAACUAUCAUGCAAACAGGUAACAUAAUUUCCUGCAACUAAAAAAAAGAACAAUAUAUGUCUAUUUAUAAAUCCAAAUACACUGAUAUUACUCUCUUCAUCCUGACGUCGGUGACGUGUACCGUUCCUGAGGUCCGUCGGUAACCGCAGCGGUUCCGAGCCAGGUUUGCAUGGAGGAAGAUCUGUUGUUAAGUCUGCUGUUGUGAUGUCUUUCUACAUGAACCAGGUCCUAUGCUGAUCCUGAUAGUGUUCCCUGACGUGCUGGUGGCUCCUUUUGCCCUUAUCUGGACUCUCGGACCAUGCACUCGGACUUAGCCUCUACCAUGCUGCGGCUGGUUGCUUUGCUCUUACACGGCCUCGCCCUCGCUCUGGGCCAUUACGACAUAUGCAAGUCCCUCGUUAGUAUGGACGAUGGCCCUGUAUGGGAGUUCUACGCGUGCCAACCCAAGCCGAUCUCCAUGAAGGACUAUAUGAAAGUGAAAGUGGACCCGCCCGGAAUUACCUGUGGAGACCCACCUGAGAGGUUCUGUACGCUUGAGAACCCCUACAUGUGCAGUGAUGAGUGCGAUGCCUCUAACCCAGACCAGGCCCAUCCUCCCAAGCUGAUGCAUGACAGGGAGAAGAGUGGGCUGCUCACCUACUGGCAGACCGUCACUUGGAGCCGAUUCCCAGAGCCCUUACUGGCCAACAUCACCAUGUCUUUCAACAAGAGUAUCGAGCUGACCAAUGACAUCCUGGUCACCUUUGAGUAUGGCCGGCCGACCAUCAUGGUGAUGGACAAGUCCCUGGACUACGGGCGGACAUGGCACCCCUACCAGUUCUAUGCGGACGACUGCAUGGACGCUUUUGGGAUGCCCGCCAAGAAAGUACAGGACCUCUCCGCCACCAACGUGACCCGAGUCAUCUGCACCGAGGAGUAUUCGCGCUGGGUGGGCUCCAAGAAUGAGAAGAACGUGCGCUUCGAGGUACGGGAUCGGUUCGCCAUCUUCGCUGGAACCCGACUGCAGAACAUGGACAACCUCUACACCCGCAUGGAGAGCAUGAAAGGACUGAAGGACUUCUUCACUAUCACCAACCUCCGGCUGAGGCUCCUUCAACCAGCCCUGGGGGGCACCUACAUCCAGAGAGAGAACCUCUACAAGUACUUUUAUGCCAUCUCCAACAUCGAGGUCCCAGCUAGGUAA